UUUUAUAGUUAAAUACAUGAUGGCGCCAACGCUAACACCAGAAACCUUUUCUGCCAUCAUGAGGAAGUCCAAGUCACUCUUCUCUAGGAAGAAAUAUGAAGAAGCUCUUGAUGUCAUGAUUCUUAUUCAGGAAGAUGUCGAAAAUUUUGCCAACUUGAGUGAUAAUAGACGGCUUACUUUUUAUAACAACGUGGGCAUUUUGUAUUAUUAUCUUAGAAAACCCUGCCUCAGUUCCUUUUAUUUCAACAAAGCAUACCAAAUAUAUUUCCUUCAUGUGUUCAGAAGAUGUUCUAGUGAAAGUAGUCAACGAUUAGAAAGUUUCUAUUCUGAUGCCAUUCAUAAAGUAAUUUACAAUAUGGGCUUGUGCAUGCUUUUCAGGAUGAAACUGAAUGAAGCAUUCUUCUACUUGAGGGAAUCUGCCCAAGGAAUGCACAGAUCACCUCUUGUUUGGCUGCGGCUCGCAGAGUGCUGCAUAAUGACUUACAAAAGAGAUCAUGAAGGAGAGUUCAGUGUUCUCAAAAAUGGCAACUUAUUGGCCAAUAGCAAAGUGGGAUGUGGCUUAUCUUCUAAGAUUGUUUUGAAUAGUAGAUUUUGCAGGGAUUCGGGUUACACCAACAAUCCUCAGUGUUAUCACGGUGAUGGACCCAGUUUGGGAUUCGCAUCCACCUGCCUCAAAAACUCCUAUUUACUCCUUCCCGAGGGUAACAGUAGGCUAAAGCAAGCAGUACUAGCAGCAAGCUCAUAUGUUCACCUCACGAUCAGAAAUCCUGUUAUGGCGCAUAAGUAUGCAGGUAUUUUGGCUGCGGAUUCUUGCCAUGUUUAUAAAUAUCUCAGUAAAUUGUACUUGGCAGAAUCGCUCGUUUUACUGAAUCGAAUCGGAGAAGCUAUUGAGCUUCUGAAGACUACUUACAUCAACGAUUACGAUUCCUUAGAGAAUUUGCAAGAGGACGAUUGGUUUUCCAACAUAAACACAACAUCUCAUUAUGUCCUCAAUUAUAACCUGAUUGUAUCACUGACUCUUAAUGGGCAAUUUCAUGAAGCAACUGAACUUUUAAGAAAUUUUUUGAGGUUGAAAGUGUCCAUUAACGAAGUGCCAAUCCAUAUUGUUGCAUUGGCUCUGUAUAUAGAAUUAGCAACGGGCCAUACUGAUGCCGCUAGGACGAUUAUAAAACAGCAGUGUCCACAAAUGUUCCAAUAA